CUCCAGAGCUCUUCACUGACAGAGGUCCAGUUUCCUGAAGCGAUCACACGGGAGAUUUCGAUGCUGCGAAUGCUCGUAUUUUGCUGAAAGGGGGCUGUUUUCACCGCGAAACACCGCACGCGAAAAACGAAGGUCAUUCGGCGACUGGCAGCAGACGACUUGUCGCUCGGUCGCUGCUGCAGACAGGUUGACCCGCAUCCGUGAUUGCUCGGUCGUUCCUUCGGCCUAGCUUCUUUCUCGCUUUGCGUCUUUAUUUCAUUCUUGCGUCUUUUCAUCACCUCGCUAAGAAGCUCUUGGUCAAUGGAUCUCUAGGCGGUUCAAGAAAACCCGGUUUUUCGUCGUCUCUCCUUUUUCUGUCUGUAUUCCUUCUUUCGAUCUCUUUCUUUUUUUUUUCGAUCGCCUCUCUCCUUCUUUUCUUCGCACGUCUUUCGUAAACCUACGCUGUCAGUUUUAGCCACUGGGCUUCGUUUCUGUUUCCACUCCUUUGCACAUUUUCCUUUUAAAAAUUUUAUGCAUUCGUGGCAUAACCCUUGUAGCUUGCUUUGUCGAGGUAUUUCAGAGGGAAUCAAAUUUAACGCUAAUCCCUUCUUGCUGCCUCUUCUGCCUUUCACAACCCUGUAAUCUGUAACACUUCUUUUGCUCGCCGGGAAAAGUAACUCACUCUUAAUAAUUUCGUUGCUGGACUUUUCAUUUAGUAUAGCUUGUGCAGCGAAGUGGUUGUUCAGCGAAGCGAGAUUUAUUCUGUAAUGUCGCCGGUUGCAGCAACAAAAGCCGGCCCUCGCUUCACUUUUUCAGCGAUCUUCAACCCCGGCGACCAAAGGGAUUAAAACCUGAAGAGCGGGAUUUGUUCUUUAGCUCCUUUUGCUUCUGCGUUCACUCCUUCUACCGGAGAGAGGCCUUGAUUCGCCGCAAAUGUGGCGUGCUUUUUCCGUAACGUUCAGCGAAGCGCGCUUUUGUGAUCAGUAAUCUGUACACGCUACCCUCGCCGCAUUUCUCUUUUUCUAACCACGUAAGCGCUAGUUUACUUUUUUCCUUUUUCAGCGGCGUCUUUUGCUUGCAAUUACCACAGGCCUUUCCGUGUCUGGUAUUUAUCUAUCUUUCAUAUUCAGUUAAACGCAGUAUACCUGCAAUACCACAUUUCUUCUCGCUCCUCCCGCGUUGUAUAGUCCCACUGAAGCGGCGAAAAAAAUACCUGAAGCCGUUUCCCGGCUUCCGGUUUACACCAUCCGGAAGUAAGAUUCGGGCACUAAGAAACGAGGAAGUAAACAAGGUGUGAGCCCGCGAUAUCUUGGCCUCGGUCGUAUUAGGGCACGCGAAGUUGAUCCCUUAAUUCGGACAGCGACUGGGCGGCCCACUGGUUCGACGAACUGGGAAAUCAAGCCCUCCUCUCUUGAGAGGUAUUCUCGCGUCGUUUCCUUGGUGGAAAUCUGUGCUUCACAAGACAGUUUGAAACAGAUAAGUAAACGAGUAAAAAUAAAGACGAACGAGAGAGCGAUAAAGAGACGAUUUGUCGACCAUCGAAACGUUGCGGCAUUGCCCAGAAUCCAUGCAUUUCGUCUAGCCUUGCCUGAAUCGUCCUCGUUUGAAGUCUUGAGCCCUCUUUGAAGCUUGCCAUCGGCCGCUGGCCCCCAUCUGCGGAUGUGCUGGACCUGUUGAGUGAGCUCCGCGGUGUUUGUUUUUCUUGCGAAGAGCCGCAACAGCUGUCGCAGCUCUUCGGGCCUCUCACUGCACGCAGUCGACGGCGUUGUCUUUCUCGUCAACGCGGCAGCUUCGCGAAAAGUGUAUUGUACUUCUCAGCGCGGUGAAUGAACGUUUGUCGUGGGCGAACAAAGGCGCCCCGGUUUCUGUGCUGAAGUGUGCCGAAGUAUUAUGUCCGUUUCUCCUACAUAGUGUUGCCUCAGCCCUUUCUCGGCCGCUUGCGUCUCAGUGUUUCUACGUACGUCACAGUGUUUCCACUUACGUCACAGUGUGCGCGCCCGUGUGUGUGUUUGUGUGUGUGUGUGCUCCAGAGAAAGAAAAAAAGAAGCAAGUUGGUUUGCCGCGGCGAAUCGUCAGCGAACGGAGGUUGUGUCCAACCCUGAAGAAGUUGGCCCCAAGUGCGCAUUUCACAGCUUCCACACUCCUGCACUGUACGAUGUCGGAUUAACCCAGAAUUCUCGAACAAGGAACUUGUCCCUGGCGAUGCAGAUUUGACCUGACCCCCGUCCUCCCCCUGUUACCCGUCCUGCAAAUCCACGUCACCGAGCAGGACCCGAGUCACCUCCCACUGAAAAGACCGUCUCACGAGGCCGCGCCCGGCCCACCAUACCCUCCCAGUCACUCCUUUAGGAUCCCGCUUAUUGAACGCACCCCGGCUGACGACACCGACGGAGCAGAGUUAGUCCUGAGAGGAACCCAACAAGCGCUCCAGCAGUAGUGGAACGCCGACGUUCCAUCCAGUCCAGCACCGUCCUCCAGGCCCUUCCGCUCGGUCCAGUCACUCCGGGGGAUCGAUAAACCCCAGCGGCUCAGCCUUACAAGAGGGCUAGCCGUCGUCCCGUCGUCGUCCUCCGCUCCCGGUCCCAUGGGCUGCACACUCAGCAAGAGCCUCUCGUCGCUGGUCCGCGGCGGCUCGGGCGGCAGUCGCAACAACAAGGGCAACGGCGCCGCCGAGCCCGUGGGCGACCCGCCGCCGCCGCCGGCGCCGGACCCGCGCCACCCGCUCACCGCCAGGCAGAUCUUCAGCAUCACGAAAUCCUGGAAGGCCAUCGCCAGGGCCAUGGAGCCCACCGGCAUCGAGAUGUUCGUCAGACUGUUCCAGGAGAAGGGGGACCUUCUGGACUUGUUCGAGAAGUUCCAGGCACUCCGCACGAAGGAGUCACAGCGCGAGAGUAUGGAGCUGGCGCAGCACGCCUCCAUUGUCAUGACCACGCUCGACCAAGGCAUCAACGCGCUAGAGAACCUCGACUAUUUCAUGGACUACCUGCACAACACGGGCAGGUUACACUUCAAGAUCAAGGGCUUUAAGAAGGAAUACUUCUGGCACAUCGAGAACCCAUUCUUGGCGGCCGUGUCCGAGACCCUGGGUGAUCGGUACACCGAAAAUAUCGAGAACAUCUACAAGAUCACCAUCCGCUUCAUCCUCGAGACGCUCGUCGAAGGCUUCGAACUGGCCGAGAAGGAAGCCACCGCGUAGCGAUAACGUCGUCCACGUUCUCGCCCACCUCAGCCGCCUCACGAAGGAACUGCCGUGUACCUGCGAACAGGUCCCACACGCGCGCAUGGAGUCACUGAGUAGCGCAGAGUAGCAGCCUCUGCAAUGCCAGCCCGACAGCCCGCAUAUCGCCUGAACGUUUGCCGCCAAACCGUUGUCGUGAACCUCGCAGAUGGUUAUAGCACAGUCCCCGAGACUGCGGGACGACGUCUUCGUCUUUGAUGUUGCCGGUCGUGGCGGUCAUGAGGCUUCGGUCAUCGCGUUUCUACCAUUGAGGGAUUGCACGAACACUGCGCAGUUUCGCAAACUGAAAAAUCUGGUUCUUGAGGCUGUUGCUGGUUCCAUUUAGCUGAUCAAUUUUCGAUCCCAGCUGCCCGUUGGCGUUUCGCCCGUUCGUUUCACCUGCAUGUAUGUUGUGGGGCGACCUCGUUCCAUUGUCCGAAUGUGUGGUGUCUUGAUCGACGGCCAAUGCUACGCGUUCUCAGCAACACGAGUACGCUGCGGAGUAAGCGUUGAAAACUGCUUGAAAUCGGCCGCGACAGCUGUCUUAUAUAGAUGUAAACAGAGGCUCUCCGACGGUUCGGGUUUCUUGCACAGAGAGGGGCUGUCAAACGCCAACAGCGUACGUAACGCACAGGUGAUGAAGAAGGGUGGGCAAACGCCUCAGGUUUCGCGGCAUUCAGGAGGUCACUAAUCCGCGCAGUCACUAAUCCGUUCAGUGCAGCAUUCAAACAUGGUUGUCCAAACGGGGAUUUCGUGGAGCGGGGUCAAAUAUAGUGCCACGACGAGCUGCCGAGAAGCGACUGCAGUUCGGCCGUCAUGCAUGGUCCAUUCCUAUAGCGCUGCGUUGAUGGUAGUUCAGGGAAACUGCGCAAAGCAGCCAUCUUUGAGGAGUGAAUGGUGCGCAGAGUGUUGCACGGCCGCGCCCGACCGCGAAGAAGCUUAUGUAUUCACAAGUGCAAAAACAGGCAUGCACUGCCGUUUGUUUCGAAGCCAGCCUCGCUGCCUAUGCAGCGGUACGACGCUGCUGUAUUCAACGCUGGUCGCGGGACCCCUACUCUCUCUUAUUCAGUGACUCUUGAAGUUGUUCUGAAGUCUCGCUCGCUCUCGCGUGCGGCUUCGUGCGUGACGUCACUGCGUCGCGUCAUGGCGCAACAUCAAGACCACCGCCGUGCCACGGUUUGUUUCUUCGCCAUACGUUGUCGCUUCACGCGGUUGAUUCCUGCCUGGAAGUUUUUUUCGAUGAAGAAGAAAAAAGGGAAAAAAAGAUUUCUUUCGCGCAUUUUGUUUCUGUUUUCUCACUAAGCUCUGCGAUUGCGCAAUCGUGUACUGCAGCCUGUCUGUGUGUGUGUGUGUGUACGUGUCAGUGCGCGUAUGACGUCAGAGGAAGUAACGACUGCGACCGGUCUGCGAGGAUUCCGUUUUCGUCAGGGCACGCUCCAUCGCCUGGCCACGCCUCCGGCUGCCGGACUUCCUCCCACGCACCGCUGACUGUGACGUGUGGACUUCCGUGACGUUAUUGCGUUGCCUGUGACCUCAGUGUGUUGUUCUGCGUCGUUCUGUGUUUUGUGUGCAAGAUGCAGGUCGUGGAAUGCGUUCUUCUCUGUGGAAACGCCAGUACAUCGUAGCCCUCCCUUGUCCCGUGUUUCGUGCAACGUUAUUGUACAUGUUACGUAUUCGUCGACAUGAAAGCCAAAUGCCUACCGUAAUCGCGCCGAACUUAUUCACGAUAGUUUUCGAGGAUUGGUCGUCAACACAUUUCGGUACAGUAUUAAGAAAUUAGAGCGUUCGCCUCACUGACCUUCAGAAAGCAAUGCUGCAGGACGACGAAGGGGUCGGAUCUUUUGUGAGCGCACUUUUCGGCCUUACGAAAUUGCACUCAGAAAACGCAACACUGGCCGCUAAGACACAGUUGCUCAAAAAAAGAGAGAUUAAAGGUAGGCUAUGAGUUUACGGGGUCCGCGAAUGUAAUGAUCUCGUAAUUGGCCCGAAUCCUUCAUUACCCUGGUCUUCGCAAACAUGGCGUGCUGGGAUUCCCAAUGCAGCAAUUUAGCUAGCUUUGCUAUCUAUGCUUAAAAGACGAGUAUAUACGCAAGCCAACAUUAAACUUCUCGAACCUUGUCUUGUGUUUGUACGUUCCGUUCGCAUUGGCACCAAUAAAGGUGAAGCUAGCAUAUCGGACAAAAAAGCAACGUAGCAAAUUUAUUAGGUAAACAUCGCCUGAAUGCGUUCUGUUACCGGCACGUAGUAGAAAGAGCAGAAAUUAGGCUUAAAAGACGCACCCCAACGUCCGCGUUUCCAUCUAGUCCAGGACGCAGGUAACGUGUGGAAUUCUCUCAUUAUCAGAACCCUCCAGUCCACGGCCAAAAUCCUGAAUUAUACCUGUAUUCUAAUCAAGUUGAAGGACGUGCCAGUCCAAAGUAUACAGGAACGGAAGCUGAUGAAGAGUUCAAAUUAUGCCGUAUCUGGAAAGUCCCGAUCUCAUACUUAGUGUUCCCUAAAUUUCCUUCUUACAUCCCGUCCAUUGUAACACCUCUGAAAGCGAAACUUUUCAAAAACAAACGAAUAUUGCUGCUCUUUCAGUGACGCGUGGCCUGAAAAAUUAUGGCAACACUCGAUGCAUGCCAUCGUGCGACAUUCUGUUUCCGCAAAUUCUGAAACCUUAAGCGCUGUCACAGUUCAAGAUUCAUUCGAAAGUUUACUUAAAACCGGGACCUCUGCUUGAACAAAAACUGUCAUUCUACAAAUUCCUUUAUCAGUCUUAUUUCUUUUAUUGCUUCAGAACUUUGAACAAGGCAGAAUGACGACACUAUCGAAACAUGUAUUGUGUUAAUAUCAAAGCGGUGUAAAGAAAAAGCAAGACCACUGCAUCAUAAUCCUUCAUAACGGCACGGUCCAGAGCAUAACUUUCGUUUCUUUUACUUGGCAUUUAUUUUCAAGAUUGGUAAAAAGUUUCUAUCCCGAAAGCUUUUUCAUUAAACGUUACGUCCGUACUUUGUAGUUACUUGUCAUCCUGCGGUUCACUUAUUGACUACCUGGGAAAAUGCCAGAAGCAAGCUUUUUGUAUCUUACUUGACAAUAGGUAAUGUCCAAAACAUGUUGGUCAUGACGUGUUUCCGGCUCUAGUAAUUGCUUCUGGUGCAUGCAGUCAACAAAAGCGUAGGCUUCGUAAUCUUUUUCUGUUGCUCAGAGGGCCAGCACUAUAUCGGGAGUGUAAAUUAGCGGAUGAUCGAGGAUAUGUAUAAUGAAAGUAAUUAUGUUACAAGGGAUCAGUAAGAUACGAACCGCAAUGUUCCAGACAGAGAAGUCAUUCUUAAGUUUGAGGGCAUUAUAAUUACCUUCACGUCGAAGGUGACCUUGGGAUGUACGGUGCGAAUGAUGUCCGGGUGCCAAACCUAAUUUAGUACAAAUUCAUCAUUUACGGACGAUUACGUUUAAGAGGUGAAUCAUUACCGUGUGGUAAAGCAGAAACUAAGCGAGGAUAUAAUUCUGUUUAGGCCAGGCAUUUCUCGAUGCGGAUGGUAUGCACCUAAUGUAGGCGGAACGCAGAUAUUCCAUCCACUAACUACGCAGAAACUAAAAUUUUGAAAGGCGAGGAGCAACCGGCCCCACGCACGAGUUGGGGUUCUAACGUGUUCAGACAUCAUCUUAACACGCUCCUGAGCUUCUGCAAAGUCAUUCGCCAAUCUAAAUUAAAAAUUCUGUUUGAUUUGCUGGUCUGCCUUAUUUGUAAACACAACUGUGUAGAGUCUUUGAUUGGAUCGGAGACGCUGUGGUAGCUACUGAUUCUCGGCUGCGGAACAACGUAAAAUUUUUCAUCGACAGCUCAUCUCUUCGUCUCUCUUUUCUGCACUGCUGUCUCGGCAGGUGAAAUUAGGGAGUUUUAGCCCACCGCCGUAUACCAUUGCCUAUACUGACUCGGCCACCUGGCAGCCUUUGCGAGUGGUAGCUAAACUGUGCUGGGCAUGACACCUCACACGGUUUAGCUAGCCCAGUCAAAACGGACAGGUAGGUGGCUGGAGGGGUUAAAGCAUUGUCAGUGCGUGGUAGCGGUUCGCCUGAACUCUCUAUUAUCUCCGUAGGUUCGAAUCAGCUCGACGAGCAAUUAACGUGCUCGUCAUCGCAAUCCUUCAUGUUGGUGCACGAACAUUACGAUGAGGUGUGAAAAAGGUCGCCAAAUGCCGUAGCAGGUCCCCUUCUCCACCCCCAUGCACACACCCUUCUUUCGUGCAUAUGCACUUCAAUUCCGAAAUCCGCGGUCAACGUGGCUUGCACUUCAAUCGCUGUUUUGUCACUGAAACUGCAACUUUGUCCUUUGAUAACGUGGUUGUAUUGCCAUUAAUAUGCCCACUUCAGAUCGACAUCUUGGUGUUAACACUAUCUUCUGUGUGGCAACCAGUGUAGGGUGUCUCAUAAAAACAAUUAGCUAUGAAUGACCUGCACGAGAGAUUUGAAGUCUUCUUGUGAAAGCAAAUGUUUUCUUAAUGCCCUCUUCCGUACUAAAUUGACUUCGCACAUACGGGUCACCCUUUCGAACUGAACCUGACUAACACGGAAUACGGAACGAGUAAUGCCUCACUACUAAACAAAACAAACGUGGUAGCAAACGAUCUUUGUUGUAACUCGCUUCGUUCUAAAUCUAUACUCUAUUAUCUGUUUGUAACAAGUAUUCCAAUCAGCUAUUUCUACAUUCGUUAUUCUGCCUGAGAUGCAUCUGCAGAGGCAUAUUCACGUGCAGUAUGACAUCAUUUUAUGACCUCCCACUUACCCUUUUGUCUUUUCAGUGUGUUUGAAACCUGAUUGCCUUCGCAGUACCUUCUUCACGGUAACUGCGUUGGCGAGUUUACGAAAGUCUUAACCCUUUAAGUUCAUACUGGUCGCUUAACUGACUAAUUGAGUUCUUUGUUUGGUGUAUAACAUCCGUGUUUUACCGCUGUCCACUUCCGUAUAGUAGGUAAAGAAACAAAUGUAAUCUGUGUAGCCUUAAGUGAUUGUGUUAGAAACGGUUCAGCAACUUGUGUUCGAACGUAUUUUUUAUGACUAAGUAUUCAUCGCUCUGUGUAGGAAAAGAAGUAGAUGAACUAAACACUAAUCCAUAUUGCCAGUGUCAAUGCUGCUUGUUAAUAUAAGCACUGUUUUGUUUUGUUUUGCUUUCACUUAUAUUGGCCCAGUGAAGUAGCACUGCAAGCGGGACCAGUAUAAGUACAACGCUAUCCCAGUGAAAGGCCAAUGUUGGUUCUGCACUAGGUAAUCACUGGUCCUGCUUGUUGCGCUGCUAGGGGACAGGUAAGCGUGCUUCUAACGUCGAACAAGCUGUUGGUGUACGAACUAGUCACUCGAAAAUUCUUUGUAAGCCUAGAAAGCUUUCGUGAACUAAGUGGCCUCGGAAGCCGUGUGAAUGUGAGAUUAACCUUCUAACAAAGUAAGACGAUACGUGAACAUUGCGAUUGAAAUAUUGUUUGCAAGUGUAUUGUGAAAUCCUCGCGGAAAUAUGUGAACGUUCAUGUUGUACUCCCAGCGCAAACACUGACAAGAUUCGGUGUUCAUCCCGCCUAACAGUAGUGAGGUGUUUUAGAGUACAUGUGGAAGGAAAUAUGACCUCCCCAAAAAGCGUGUUUAUUUUCAAGAAAGAUGAUUUGAUAACCCUGAAUCAGUGUGCUGAGGUCAGCUUCUCCUCAUCGAGGAAAGGAGAAAGGCGACGAAGUGUAAGGGAUAUGGAGUCAACUGGAGUUAACUAGAAUUUAAGAAGUUGAUGGAGUCGAAUGCCGGUUUUACCAUAACAAAAUAAGUUUCGGGUGUUAAGUGCCCGUUCACAAGACACUUGAAGAUUAAAUUGGCAAUGCGGAUGCUUGCCGCCAGCAGGCUGGCAAAUGUUAACGCUUUCAUCGAAGCAUACAUGACCGUGAUAUGGAUAAAUAGAACAAAGCCUAAUAGAAAUGCAUACCGGUUUGAAAAUUUUGCAAAAAUUCGGCAGUUUUAGGUACCCGUUAAUGAGACAUGUGAAAAAUUAAAUUGGCAGCGUGCGUGCUUGCUGGAAGUGGGCCUACAGGCACAUUUGAAUGCUUUCAUUCGAAUGUAGAGUGACACCGUGCAAGGCAAAAUCGUCAUGUAUUUGGUAGGUUUGUCAGUGUGUUCGCGGUUCGCCAAAACCCCCUUAUUAGUUAAGAUCGGGAACAGCGUUGUCGAAGGCACAUUCACUGCGCCUGCGCCUAAUCAAGGUAUGUCGGGUGCUUCACUAUCCAGGAAAUGAAAAUGAUGAAAUCCUUAGCGUUAAUACAAAUAACGCAGAUCUCUGCUUAAUGAUGUAAGGAUCAAAAACACCAAUUGUUUGCAAGCGCUGUGGUCAAGUAUGAUAAAAGAAGAAAGCCGGCAGCUUGGCUUCCACAACGCUGUUUGCGACAGAAGAGAGAUUCUGCGUCUUCAAAAAGUGUGAGCUUGAUGUUCUACCCACUACGCGUGGAUUGCUGCUUGAGGUUUGUUUGAGUGCUCGUUUUGUUUAGAAGGAAACUAACAAAGCCUUGUCGUUGCGUUUUUUUUAAAUUCUUUCUUAGACUUGCUCUUUCUUACUAAAAGUACACGACAUUGUUUAACGGUGUUCUUCCUUGUAUGAAAUGUUGUUUGUAAUGUGUUCUUUUCUGUAUCUCUUUUGACCCCUUUUGUCUCAAGUAUGUGAGUUCGUAGUUACAAUUGCCACAGUUCUCGUCAAGCGGUUUCAUACACAUUUGCACGCCGUUUGUGAUGUCUGGUGUCUGGUGGGCUUCAAGUGGCACUUCUUUAUGCUUUCGGCUGCAACUUGAAGUUGCGGCUGCAUUCCGUAUCUUCCUUCGUUCCCUUGAGGAUAUUCAUUUCUUUGGAAGCGUCCUUGCUGCAAGUAAGCUGCGCUGGGAGUGUACAACGUUUCCCACCGUAGGGUAGCAAACCGGAUUUAGGUCUAAUAUUAGGUUUUGGCUUUUUUUAAAUCCUAUUUUGGAUGGCUUACUUACAGAAAAUGCCGAAAACCUUCGGCCCACAAUAUCACUGCUCGAGAGAAAAGGAGAAAAGAGGCUAACCAAACAUGAAGUUGAAAAAGAAAGGAAAAGACACAACUGCGUUUGCGACUAUGUACGGCGAAUCAGUGCCGCUUCUCUGCGCAAAUCUUGCGAUACACGGCCCUGAAUUUCAUCUUGCCAUUCCUAAACACAAAACCGUCCACAUUGAAGCUCUCUGUCACAGGGGUGCGUAAUUCGCCAUGACUUUCAGUGACAUUUCAGUCCAGGAAGUAAAUAAUUCUUGUAAAUGCAUUCAGUCUGAUGCUGCGUACAUAUAACUAGCGAGACAAAUAAGGCACGCUUUGUAAUGUUGCUGUCGUUCAUCGGUAUUGGAAUAUUAAGCGCUGAAAAAGAAAAGGAAAGGAGUGUCAACACGUCUGGGAAACUCGGCUUCAUGGUCUGGUGUGUCGCCCGGAGUCGCAUAUCCCGUGAUGACGACGCAGUAAGAACCGGGAAAAACUGUCGAACAUACCGGGGCAGGCAUUCGGUGGUUUUUCCCGGCCGUGUGUCUGAUGUGGGGUGUUGAAUUCUUAUAAGGCGACAUUUGGGGACGGAUACAACCGUGACAGCGCGCGAACCACAAACUUGAGGUCACAGGGCCUCCGCCUCCUUGUUCAACGGCAGCGUGGAAUAGGCUGGUCGAGCAGAACCUAUCGUAUGCACAUGUACGACACACUAUAUAUUCGCUUGUUGUAUAUUUACAUACCUGUAUGCAACCGCGAGCUCAUUCAUAUAUCCGAGCUCGUUGAUAUUAUAUAUAGAGUGUGUUUGUCAGGUCCCGGCGUCUACGCCAGACGGAGAGGACUGAUUCCGCUGUGUUGUCAAAUCCAUCAUCUUGUCAGCCGUGAUUGGCUGCCAGGGCGGCUAUGCCGUCUCUGAUUGGCUCAAAAGCACAAACGUGGUGGACUUCGACUCUAUCCGUUUGUGGCGUCCCGCACGUCGGUGCCAACGUCACAGACGGAAAUAAAAUGGCUUGAGGGUGUCCGACGUUUCCUCAAAGCCAAGUCAAGACGGUGACAGCUACGGUGACGUUCGUCUCCGCAGACAGCCAGGGAAACCUAAUUUGUAACCUUCCAUAUGAGAGGCGCGACGAGGUAGCGCGGUCUAUAUUCACCGUCUGUAACUUGUGUAGCGUCGUGUAGCAGCAUCCUUACGUAUCCGUAUAUACAAUAUGCAUAUUAUAUCAUAGUGUAUGCGCACUAAUUCUCACAUCGUGCAGGUCGUGCCAACACGGCGUGCGCUAAAUGGGGCUUAGCUCUACGCCGUACGUUGACAAGUCCUCUCUCGGCUUCGUAUGUGUAGCCAAGUCUGUUAUAUCGCGUCUAUCAUAUAUAUCUAAUUUGGGUCUGUUCGCCUACCAGCCUACGCCGAGCUGACCGGAAGACUUGCAGGAGGAGACAUCGAAAGGUUUAAUGAUAAAAAAGGCAAAGAAAUCGGCCCGAGGUAUACAUUCCUCUAGAUAGCUACUGUGUUCUAGGGAAAAAGGAAGAGAGAAAGGAAGAGAAACAAGAUGAAUGACGAUGACGACAGAUGGAUCAGGCGAGACACAUAGCGAGAAAGUCGACUCAUGGUUAAGUAUACAGCUAGGCCUUCACUUUUUUUUAGAAAAGCCAUGUAAGGUAGGUAAAUAAAGCCUACCACGAGUUGUAAGCGCUAGAUAUUCUCGUAUACAUUGUCUACCGCACUUGCUGUAAUGUUCUGGAAAUCCACAGACUUACUCUAAAUGCUGUGAUUAUUGUUGCAUUGUCGCUGUAUCACAUUGUGACUUUUGGCUGGCGGGAAACUGCUGGAACGUUACUGGAAUAUCGAAGCAUCUGUGCUCGCUGUUCGCCCCUAUUGUGUGGAAGAACAAUUGAAAGAGGAUUUCAUCGCAAGUUCGCAUUUUGCGUUUAUCAGGAAUUUAUCCGAUAUGUCGCAUACUGGAGAGUUUGUUACAAUGUGCCGGAGCUCGUUAACGCUUGGGAAGCGUUGAAUACAACCCCGACUUGGAAAAAAAAUUUAUCCCUUUGCAGUUGUAUCCAACGCUCUCUUUUCUUAUAUAUCUGCUAUACUGCCAGUGCGUUAAAAGCCAACACUGCCACAUCCACGGGUCUUAAGCGCCACUGUUGGGCUGUGGUCAUUCGUUUGCAACGCUUUAUUCCGCGAAGUGAGGCUAUGGUUGUUUUCAGACGUUUCUACUGGAAAAUUGAAAACACCGCACCGAGAUCAAGUAGUGUCAUCAAACUUAUGAAAUCCAUUAGAUUCGGUUACCGACGUAUAUAGCUAUAUGCUCUUAAUCUCCCUCCCUCCCUCUCUCUCUCUCUCUAUCUCUCUCUCGCUUAUUAUCCAUGGCAUAAAUUGCCAUAUUGUUUUAAUGCUACCACUUCUUGGUAAAGGCGCAACCACAUGGAACGCGUUUUUUUCUUUCGCCGUAUUUGCAGCGCGUCGCCCGGCGUCGGCGCGUCCUUUGAUGCUGCGCUUUUACGGCGCUGUAAAAUCGGUUAAAACGUGUUCCAUGUGGUUAAAAACGAAGGCCGAAACUCCGCGACCCGUAUUUCCACCGUGAUAACGGCUGGACUAUUGCGUGCAGCAAAAAGAAGGACGUGCUGACGCCGGGCGAUAUACGCCGAUAUUACGCGGGAAAUACGACUCAUGUGGUUUGCUAAGGCGCCCAUAUCGUAGCGAGCUCUAGGAGUAGCCACGGCAAGAUGAGCCGAUUCAAGCUCUAUCAAGACGACUGUGCUACCCGGCUUUGGGCUGCUGGAGCCAACAUGUGCGGUUGACAAUGCGUGCCGAUGCCACUUGGAGCACGUCGCGGUGAUGCAGCUGACACCAGACAUCACGAGCGGUUCGCUUUUACAGUCUGUUGCUGUGCAUGUCUUCAUACGUGUGAUGCUACAAGAAAGUUGGUGUUCGGAAAGGCACUGUAAACGGCUUUGUUGUGUGCGCUUGUCGCUGGAAAGGCCGCGCGUUGGUAUACCUAUAUAUUGUAUGAAUAAUGUUAAACGCUAAUCUAGAGGUAUAUACCUAUACACAUAUGUUAUAUAUAUAUAUACAUAUAAUGUGGGUGGCUGACUAUUUUGUUUUUGCUAUGGUAAUAAACGAUGAAAGAAAA